CUGUGAUAGACACAAUCCGAACUCUGGAGAACACAGGCGAAAAGCAAUAUCAGGAUUAUGUCAAGAACGUACUUGAAGAUCGCACACGUUCUAUCCACGACCCGAUCAAGAGGAAUUCUCUAGCACUCUUCAAAAAACCUCAUAGCAAGACAACAUCACGCCAGGGGAAGAAAGUCAAAGUUCUUCAGAACAACGUCGCACUUUUUAGUCAGCUGUAUAUUGCCAUGCAGAACCGGGAUGGAAUUUGGGUGAAUUCUUUGCCCAUGAGAUUCAGUCCUUCCCACCUUCCCUCUCAGAUUUUGGCGAUCUUCAUUUGCCAAGCGCGAAGUCUGAACUACUACGAUGUCUUGAGCAGCCUGCACAAACCGAACCGCCGUCAACCUACAACUGCAAAGUCCUGGAUGGUGCUGUCAUCGUUCACUGCCUUCCUACUGCUGCGGCGAGUACCUUCGAUGAGUAUGCGGAUAAGGUGUUCUUACCGUACCUAGAGAAGCAGCUGCAAGAGUCCAGAAGGUUAGAUAUUGUGUGGGAUACAUACAUUUCAGAUAGUUUGAAGGAGUCUACCAGGGUAAAAAGAGGCAAGGGUGUACGCAGAAAAGUGUCUGGCCAGACCAGGUUGCCUGGCAAUUGGAUGGAUUUUCUUCACGACUCAACCAACAAGAAGGAGCUGUUUGCCUUUCUUACCACCAAAGUUGAACAGUUCAAUUGUCCAGCAUCCACAGCUAUGUAUGUCACAUCAGGACAAUCGGUGUUGUCCAUUAGUUCUGGUAGUCCAAUGCAGAGCUGUAACCACGAGGAAGCUGACACCAGAGUUGUGGUACACAUAUUACAUGCACUCGAGCACGGAGAGAGGACUGUCCUAGUGCGUACUGUGGACACUGACGUUGUUGUCAUCCUCGUUGGAACAUUCCACAAUCUAGCUGCAGUGCAACCAUUGCUCGACAUCUGGGUAGCCUUUGGCACAGGCAAGAAUUACAGAUUCUACAGCAUCAAUGCAAUUUGUGCCAGUCUGGGGGAGCCACGGUCACGUGCACUACCCGUGUUUCAUGCCUUUUCGGGUUGCGACACUACCUCUGCCUUUAAUGGUAAGGGCAAGAAGUCAGCAUGGCAGGCAUGGCAGGCUUUUGAAGAUGUUACGGGAACGUUUGUAUAUCUGGCUUCGCAUCCCUUUGAGAAACUGUACCUGGACUCCGAAUCCUUCCAGAAGCUAGAGCGUCUAACUGUAAUCCUGUAUGACAGAACCAGCUCACUGAGCUCUGUUAACGAGACCAGAAAGGAACUCUUCUGUCAGAAGAGUCCACCAAUGGAGAAACUUCCACCGACUCAAGACGCCCUACUUCAGCACAUCCGACGGACAGUCUACCAAGCUGGAAUUUGGACUACCAGCACACAAGCAGAGCCAGUGGUUCCAUCCCCACAGGACUUUGCAUGGACCAAGGUUGCAGAUUCUUGGGUUCCAGUUUGGAUGACCAUGCCAGAAGUAUCCAAAGCAUGUAGAGAGCUGAUCAAAUGCGUAUGCAAAGGAGACUGUUCUAAAUGUAAAUGCGUUAAGGCAAAUCUAGACUGUUCGCCACUUUGCAAGUGCAAAUGCAAACAACACUAG